AUGCCUCUCAUUCUAAUGACGGGCUAUCCGUCCAGCGGCAAGUCCACGCGCGCACACGAGCUCAAGCGGCUCUUCGAGACGCGGCUCCAGCAGUCCUCGGUGGCAACCCACAGUGUGCAUAUAAUCGACGACGCGCUCCUCGGCUACACGCAUGCAGCCUACGCCUCCGCCACCGAAGAGAAAAACGCGCGCGGGGCGCUUCUCUCCGCCGUCGAGCGGCAGCUCUCUCGCGACGCCAUUGUGAUCGCCGACACGCCCAAUUACAUCAAGGGCCUGCGGUACCAGCUCUACUGCAUAGCGCGCGAGGUCGCCACCACCCACUGCGUAGUCCACUGCGCGAUAUCCAGGGAAGAGGCCCAGAGAAUUAACAGCGGCCGCGGCUCCGAAGCGUACCCGGAGGAGGUCUUUGAGGCGCUGAUUAUGCGGUAUGAGGAGCCGAAUGCCGCUGCCAAAUGGGACAGCCCGCUGUUCACUGUUAUUCAGCACGACAAGGAGGAUGUGCUGCCGUUUGAUGCCAUUUGGGCUGCGCUGGUUGAGAAGCGCGCGCUGGCUCCGAAUUUCUCCACGGCGAUGAAGCCUGUCACUACUACAAACUACCUGAGUGAGCUGGAGAGUGCCACGCAGCAUGUUAUUAGUGCUGUUUUGGAUGCACAGAAGAGCGGCGUGCCCAUGUAUGAGCUUCCCGUGCCUGGGUCGACUAAGAAGGUUCGGAUGCCUGGUCGCAACCUGACCCUGUCGGAGCUGCGCCGCUUGCGCAUGCAAUUCACAAAGCUUAACCGACAGGUGUCGCUCAAUAUCGAGUCUAUUGCGGAUAUUUUUGUCGAGUAUUUGAACAUUAACCUGUGA